ACUUGCCCACGAAAAAUGAGUAACUCGAAGGAUUUGAUGUCGGAAUUCGAGAAACUUCGACAGGAAACUUCCAAAAUUCAAUAUUCCCUCAUCCAGAAACUUCCAUCCGAGCCGUCCAGCUUCGUGGAAAAUCAGCUGCUCCUGGAAACUCAAACACUUUGUGGACAACUUCUGAAAAAUCAAGAAGAACAAAAUAUUCUCAAUGAGAAGCUGAGAAAUGAGCAGAAAAUUAUCAAAUUGAAGCAUAACACAGAGAUGAAAUCGAUGCGAGACAAAUUGGAGACACUUACAACUGCCCAGGCGGCGCAAAAAUUGGAUUUUGAGCGACAUUUCGAAAUGAUGAGACAAUCCCAUUCGGCGAAAAUUGUGAAAAUGGAAAGAGAUUUGAGAAAUAUGAAAUACGAUUUGCAUUCGUUGAGAAGUGAUAUGGAUAGUCGGAAAAACUGCGAAAAUCGUGCUGCUCCGAAACCAGAAUUUCAAAUUUUUGUGAAGGUUCUGGGAGUGAGCUACGCUUUCAAAAUUCACCGAGAAGAUACAGUUUUCGAUAUAAAAAAUGAUAUUGAACAUCGUCAUGACAUUCCCCAACAUUCAUAUUGGCUUAGUUUCAGUGGAAAAAGAUUGGAGGAUCAUUGUUCAAUCGGCGACUACAAUAUUCAAAAAUCUUCUACAAUUACAAUGUACUUCCGUUCUGGAUGAUCAUCUCAUCGAUUUAUUUUUUAAUUGUGAUUUUUACCCGAAAAAUGCCCCAAUAACAUGUUGUUUAAUAGUGUGAAAUAAAGUUUUACUGUUUC